AGACAGCAUUGGGGAGAAAGCCUUGAGUGUUCGUGACUUGUUGAUAUACUUAAAUACGUAUAUGAAAGGACCCGUUCACGCAGCGUUAACUUCAGAAGGUCGGACCUGUUAAAAGUUGGGUAGAAUGGGGGCUGAGCAGAGCUCAGAAGGUGAUCUCCGGCAUGGUGACGUUAAUUCAUCUGCAUCCCCAUCCCCUGCCAAACAGAGAGCAAAGAUGGACGACAUUGUGGUUGUGGCUCCGGGAACACAGUCCCAUCGGAACAUCAGCAAAGAUCCUGAAGUUAUCAAGUUACAAGAGAUUCCCACCUUUCAGCCACUAUUAAAAGGUCUCUUGAGUGGUCAAACGUCCCCAACCAAUGUCCGUUUGGAGAGGCUGGACUCCCCUCAAGUAUUGCAGCUGUGUGUGCGCUAUCAGGAUCACCUCCAUCAGUGUGCUGAGGCUGUGUCUUUUGACCAGAAUGCUCUGGUAAAACGAAUCAAGGAGAUGGAUGCCUCUGUGGACACACUGUACAGCUAUAUGCAAGAACGUCAGAAACGAUUUGCCAAGUAUGCAGAACAAAUCCAAAAGGUGAAUGAGAUGUCUUCUAUCCUGCGGCGUAUACAGAUGGGGAUAGACCAAACUGUACCACUCAUGGAAAAACUCAAUGCAAUGUUGCCUGAGAAUGAGAGGCUGGAGCCAUUCUGCAUGAGCCCAGAUAGACAGAACAAGCCCUAGUCUAGAAACUAUGUACUUCUAAAAUGUUUGCAAAAUUCUUGAGUUUAUCAGGUCCUGAGAUCACAGAACAUGGAGAACAGUAAGAGCUGGGUAUUUUAUGGACAAAAAAGUAACUACAUCAUAGUUAUUAUGAAAUUUAAUUUAACUUCUUCACUACCAAUGAGACUUAGCCCUCCUUUAGUUCUCAGUAUGGAUGCGGGUUCAAUUUGAAAAUGUGAAACUUGAAUACAUUAGCUAGCUAUAUACUGGACAUUGUCUGCAGUUGCUUAUUAAAUUGCUGGUUGAAUGUUUGCAAAACCUGGAAGACGUUUUUAAAGCUGUACUGAAAAUGUAAAUAACAAUUUAUAUUUUACAAGACCAUAUUUUAAUUUGGAUAUAGUAAACAAAGGUAUUUAAGGAAAUUGUAAUAAAGUGAAAAAAAAUAAAAAAAAAUAAACAGGCAGUAUUUCACCCCAAACAGAACUUUUUGUGACUAAUCAUUUGUUUUUCUUUUAGAACUUGUAUAUAAUUUAUCCUCCACUCUUAUUUUCAAAGCAGUUGUAUACAGAGGCUAAAGGCAAAUAUGAGAAAGCUGUAAAUAUGUCAAAAAUGUGCUGUAAAUGAUAUAACAGUUGAUACUUUAGCGCUGCAGUGAAGAGAUUGGUGUUUAUUUUGUCUCAUAAACUAACCAUAGUGCUUUGCUUUUAAGUGGGCAAUGUAAAUAUUUAUUAAACGUUUCCUGUGGAA